CUGAGUUCGGAUCUUGCAGGCGCGUUCGCCGAGGAGGGCGAAGCUGAAGCACCGAAGGAUCUUCCCUCCUCCCUCGCGCCGCGGCUCGCCGUCUGCGGCUUUCGCAGCUCUCCUCUUGGCCGCGCUAUGAUUUAACACCGGGGAGGACCACCACUUAUCCACCGCCCCCCCCCACCCCUCCACACACACACCCCACUCCUCCUCUUCUUCUUCCUGCAUCCCGGUGGAGAGUCAGCGGCUCCACGCAGACGGACUAAGAAAAGAAGAAGCCCAGAAGACAGGUCUUUUUUCCUGGAUUUGCUCCGCUUUCGAACGAGGGAGGAGACCCGUCCAGUCAUCUUGUCUAUCCGUCGAUCCCGUUUUGGACACCAUGAGACUUCUUCGGGCUUCGAUGUUGCUCAUGGCUGUCGUUUGGAGCCAGGAGUGGAAGUGUGCGCUCUCGGACUCCAUCAUCCACAUCGGCGCCAUCUUUGACGAGUCGGCGCGGAAGGACGACGAGGUGUUCCGCCUGGCCGUGGCUGACCUCAACCUGAACAACGAGAUCCUGGAGACGGAGAAGAUCACCAUCUCUGUGGAAUUCGUGGACGGGAACAACCCCUUCCAGGCCGUGCAAGAAGCCUGCGAACUGAUGAACCGCGGCAUCCUGGCCCUGGUCAGCUCCAUCGGCUGCAUGUCGGCAGGCAGCCUGCAGACGUUGGCCGACGCCAUGCACAUCCCGCACCUCUUCAUUCAGCGCUCCACGGCGGGCACGCCGCGCUCCGCCUGCCCGCCAACCAGCCGCGGCCCCGGAGCCGACGACUACACGCUGAUGGUGCGCCCGCCCGUCUAUCUCAACGAGGUCAUCAUGCAAGUGGUGUCCGAGUACAGCUGGCAGAAGUUUGUCCUCUUCUACGACUCCGACUUUGAUAUCCGGGGCAUCGAGGACUUCCUUGACCGCGCUUCCCACCAGGGCAUGGACGUGUCCCUCCAAAAGGUGGAGUCCAACGUCAACAUGAUGAUAACCAGCCUGUUCAGGACCAUGCGGGUGGAAGAGCUCCAUCGCUACAGGGACACGUUACGCAGAGCCGUGCUGUUCAUGAGCCCGGCCGCCGCAAAGGCAUUCAUCUCGGAGGUCGUCGAGACCAACUUGGUGGCGUUUGAUUGUCACUGGAUCCUCAUCAACGAGGAGAUCUCGGACUACGACCUGCAAGAGUUGGUCAUGAAGUCGGUGGGUCGGCUGACGUUGGUGCGCCAGACGUUCCCCAUGCCACAGAACACAACCCAGCGUUGCGUCAAGCACAACCACCGCAUCAACACGUCCCUCUGUGACCACAAGAACGCCAAGGCUCAGCAGCUGGAGAUCACUAACCGCUACAUCUAUGACACGGUGCUGCUGCUCGCUAACACCUUCCACAGAAAGCUGGAGGACAGGAAGUGGCACAGUAUGGCCAGUCUGAGCUGCAUCCGGAAGAACUCCAAACCCUGGCAAGGGGGGAAAAGCAUGCUGGAGACUGUCAAAAAGUUCGGCGUGAGCGGCCUCACCAGCUUCCUGGAGUUCACCGACAACGGCACCAACCCCAACAUCUUCUUCGAAAUCCUGGGCACAAGCUACGGAGAGGACCGCGGGCGAGGAGUCAGCAGGCUCGCCACGUGGGAUCCAGUUCAUGGCCUGAAUGGGACCCUGACGGACAGGAAGUUGGAGAACAACAUGCGAGGAGUGGUCCUCAGAGUCGUUACUGUUUUGGAGGAGCCGUUCGUGAUGGUGUCAGAGAACGUUCUGGGCAAACCCAAAAAGUACCAGGGCUUCUCCAUCGACGUCCUGGAGGCCCUGUCCAACUAUUUGGGCUUCAAGUACGAGAUCUACAUCGCACCAGACCACAAGUACGGCAGCUUGCAGUCCGACGGCCAGUGGAAUGGUCUGAUGGGGGAACUUGUUUUUAAGCGAGCUGACGUCGGACUCUCCGCCCUGACUAUCACUCCUGAGCGCGAGAGCGUCGUGGACUUCACCACGCGCUACAUGGACUACUCCGUGGGGGUGUUGCUGCGCAAGGCCGAGCGCACUGUGGACAUAUUCGCCUGCCUGGCGCCCUUCGACCUAUCGCUGUGGGCGUGCAUCGCGGGCACAGUGCUGCUGGUUGGCAUCCUGGUCUACUUACUCAACUGGCUCAACCCACCUCGACUGCCCGUGGGGUCCGUGUCCUCCACGACGCUCUACAAUUCCAUGUGGUUCGUGUACGGCUCCUUCGUGCAGCAAGGUGGAGAAGUGCCCUACACCACCCUGGCGACAAGGAUGAUGAUGGGCGUUUGGUGGAUGUUCGCCCUCAUCGUCAUUUCCUCCUACACAGCCAAUUUAGCGGCAUUCCUCACCAUCACACGCAUCGAGAACUCUAUACAGUCCCUCCAGGACCUGUCCAAGCAGACGGAGCUUCCCUACGGCACGGUGCUGGACUCUGCGGUGUACGACCAGGUUCGCUCCAAGGCCAUGAACCCCUUCGAGAGAGACCCCAUGUACGCCCAGAUGUGGCGGAUGAUCAACCGCACGGGAGGAGCCGACAACAACGUGGAGGAGUCCAAGGAAGGCAUCCGAAAGGUGAAGUACGGCCGCUUCGGCUUCGUGUGGGAUUCGGCGGUGCUGGAGUACGUCGCCAACAACGACGAUGAUUGCUCCUUCUACACGGUGGGCAGCAAUGCGCCGGAUCGUGGCUACGGCAUCGCCAUGCAGCACGGCAGUCCAUACAGGGACAUUUUCUCCCAGAGAAUCUUGGAACUCCAGCAGAAUGGCGACAUGGAUAUUCUCAAGCUCAAGUGGUGGCCGAAGGACAGCCCCUGUGAACUCUACAGCUCGAUGCAAUCGCGUCACAGCAACGCUCUGGACAUCCACAGCUUCGCCGGCGUCUUCUGCGUCCUGGCGGCCGGCGUGGUGCUCUCCUGCCUCAUAGCCAUGGUGGAAAGCUGGUGGUCACGGAGGAAGGGAUCCAGGGUCCCCUCCAAGGAGAUAAGUACUCUGUGUUGAGGGAUGUAGCGGGCGAGGGGAGAGAGACAGAGAGCAAUAGAAAAUGCCAUUUAAACGUCUCCCCUUUCCAGGUAUAUAACGACUGUGUGAAUGUCUCUCUGAGGACACGACACAGGUCGAGCUGCUUCGCUGCGUGCGCUGACUGACCGCCGUGUCUCUCUUCUCGCUCACCCCCACCUGUCUGUUUUUUCUCCUAUUGACUUCUCUUUGCUACCUUAUCAUCAUGCCAUCUGCCUGAUCUCAUCCGUCACUCAUCACCCCUCUUUGUCUUUGCCCGUCGCUCCGCUGCGUGUUUGUCUGACUCGUUUUUUUUGUUUGUUUGUUUUGUUCUGUUUCACGUUUAACUGCCGACUCGCAUAUGCAAACAAACACAUUUGCGCGCGACCCUUCCCCUCUACGACUUUCCCCGCUCCGCGCGUGCCGCCGCAAACCAGAAGCAGCCGGACGGCCCGUCCGCCAGGCAAGCCGCCGAUCCCUGCCCUCACAACCUCAGCGAACGCCCCGCGGCCCUGGGCGCUCAGACCCAGAACCAGACCUCUAACGCUUCCAAUGCCGCGGCCCCCGUCUCCGCCCGUUACCAGCCCCCGGCGUGCUGCGACAUUCCCUGCGCCCUGAUCGUGCAGCACUCCUACGAACCGAGCAACCCCUCCGAGCUCACCCCCAAAAUGCGAAUGACCACGUUCACCACCUCACCCCCCACCCCGAGGUUAUACAUACAAUAGAAGAUUGACGUAAGACCGACCGCGCUUGAUAAUGCUUGAAGACUGAAUGGCAGUACGGAAUCAGUUGAAAGCAAACGAGCGCUUCAUAUUGUUAAAACGUGCAUUUUCCUCACUGCGUGUAUGACGAGGCCUUGUCAUCUUUAGAGGAGGCUGUCUGCCUACAGGGGGGAGGGGUCAAAAUCGGGUUACAUCUGUACCUGUCAAGUUCAAAGCGAUACUUUUGCACAUGAUCAUUCACCAAAGUUAUGCCUUUGUUUUUUUUCUGAUGGGCGUGAGAGGUGCAUUAGAAAUGUUGGCCGUGUUCUGUAGGCGCGGUACGAUUCCGGCAGGUCCUCCAGAACGUUCCGCCAAACCCUGCACUCGUCCUGGUUCCAGUCCCUCUCCGUCCUCCCCAAGUCCCCUCUCACGGACAGCAGAUUGUGACCGACUCUCGUCUUUUACAUCCAUUCAUUUUAUUGUCGUAGCACCUUUUUACACUCUUGUGGCGUUCCCUUCUUUUAACUGUUCAGUGUGUGGAUGGUAGUGGCAGGAAAAGCAUUCGCUCCCUCCCGUCCUCUCCUUCCUCCCACUGCUCCCUCCUUAGAUGGCAACAGGGGGGCGGGUGGCCACCGUGCCACUUGAUCCAUGAGCGUCAAAUGGUAUGGCCCGAGCCCCUUCCAGAACCCCCUUGACCCAAAGGACACGGUCAGUAAAUCUGUCUUUACCCCCGGUCAUACAAACUCUUUCCCUAAAACUCUUCCCCCGUACUUUUCGUUUUCUUUGCUUGCCCGUGUAUUCCCCGGUGCCCAUAACGACCACCUAAAACAAUGUGACCCCCCCCCCCCACACACACACUUUCCACACCUCCCCCUGUGAGCCCUUAACUCAGAGUAUUCCUCCGUAGCCCCGGUCCCCCGACCCCCGCCCUCACGAUAUCCUCAUCUCACGCAUUGCACCAUCCCGCAACACUCUCCACUUCGUCCGCCUGUCCUGCAAGCGCAUGAAACGCCUCUCACUUGAGUGUCACCAUCCCUAGGACUUGUGAUUAAGUUAUUGCCAUAUGAACGUAGAUAAUGUCGAUACAUAGUCUUAGUCGUUUGUAAGUUUUAUUUCAUCUACUUUAGCAAAUUGUUGUCACAUACAGCCUUUGACUGAAAUGGAAUGUGCUACAGUGGAACCUCUAAAACUGAACAUAAUUCCAUAACACUGUUUGACUUCCCAAGUUGUCCUCGUUUUUAAAGCAGUUUUUCUCCACGGGAAAUAAUGUCAUUAAUUUAUUUCCGGGUUCUCACUUUCUUCGGCAUCAUAAAACAUCAGUUAACUCGACAGGUGAUGUUUACUCAGCUCAAAUCAAACUAAAAUGACGUCAAACUACAGAGAGUCCUCGGAUUAAGACGGUCUUGAUCUAAGACGUUUCGACUUUACAACACCCGUCCCCCAGUCCGCCAUUUAGUCUUGCUAAUUCUUGUCCUUGUUUGUGCGCCGGGAGUAUCUUUGCAUUUUUCACCCUCCUUUUUCGACAAUAUCGCCCCAAAGAAGAAAGCCGUGUCUUUUAGCAAUGCUUAUGCAGCCAAAAGAAAAUCCUUGACCGUGGAAAACGAAGCUCGAGAUCAUAAAAAGAUUGGAGAAAGGAGAGAGACCAACACCACCGAGGCUUCAGUCGGUCGACCGUGGUGACAAUUAUUAAAGACAUAGCCCGUAUUUUAGCGCAUGUGAAGGGUUCCGUUCCUAUGUCGGAUACAAUGAUCGCAAAACAAGGUUCUUUGAUACUUGUCGAGAUGGAGACGAUUGAGGACCAGGUUCCUUGGCAAUAGCUAAGCACAGCCUCCCCUUCUUCUUCUUCUCCAUCCACCUCUCAGCAGUAAUGCUAAGUACGUAAUCUUGUUUAUUUGUUUUCUUGUACAAAGUAUUUUGAUGUAAAUUCUGACUUUAACGGUGGAAUCCAGUUUAAGUCGAAAUUCGGGUGAAGUCGCUACUGUAGGAACGGAUCUCAGUCAUAGACCGAGGACUCCCUGUACUUCCUCUUUGAAGACUUGACGGACACAAUGAAAAGAUAUCUGUAACCAGGCUCCUAAAAUGCAUUUCUCUUUUUCACUGCGUCUUUGAGGAAAUAUUUGCAUGUUUUGAAAGUGACCCUGUCACUGAUCUAAUUUUUGGUUGAUUGCUGGGGGAUUAGUGGAGAUGACUUUUUUGGCGACCAAGAUGGAGCGUCACUCCACGCCACUGCCCUUGUUUCUCGCCGCCAGUCCCGCAGUUCUGCUUCUAUGAAUAUUUUAAGACUCGCGUCGAUCAAAAUAGCCGAAGCUUGCGAGGCAAGCCGCUCUUCUCAUCCACCACCAUCUUCUUUUCACACUCCCUGACCCGCAAAGCCGUACAAAGACUGUGCCGCCUCGCCGGCCGGACAUUUCGUUGCUCCGCAGAGCGUUAUAGUUCUGUGGCAACGGCAGACAGGCGAGUAAAACGUUCUUUGUAACUUGGCCGUUAUGGCAAAAAUCGGUCAUCCGCGAUUGGUCAUUUGUGUUGGGGAUUUUCACUUUGGAGGUUUCACUGUAUGAAGCAAUCAAUAACUCAUCAAAGAAAGGAAUUCACAUGAAAAUGAGAUGUCGGGUCUCAAUGCGAAUUCUGCGGCAGAGCCACGUGAGGUAUGGCAACGUUGUAUCAGUGUAAAGAUCUACGUGGACGUAGUCGGCGUUCACGCUGGAAUCCCAAAGCACGCAGCACAACGGCGGCGUGUUUUCGCCACGUAUUCCAGCUUCUGCACAACCCUUCCAGAUUUGCUCGAAGUGUUUGUAUCUGUUCCUCUCUCUCGCUCUCAGUAUCCUGACCACGGCUAUCCCUCCCUCCAUCCUCCCCCUUCUUCCACUUUUUCUUCACACCCCCACCGUCAUCACGUCACGUCACCUCCCCUCCUGUGCCGAAACAAUCGCAAUUCCAUAUCUGGAUCCUGAUGCUCCCAAAUCACAUUGGGGUCGUGUUGAUGGCAUCUCGUGCCCAUUCGCUCGCCUCUUUUUCUCUUCCCUGUCGCUAUGAUUGUUAUCCAUUGAAACUUGUCAAAUGGAUGGUGUCCGGAACUCAUCCCACCCUUGUUUUCUUUUCUGAUUCUUCCUUUUCAACAACCAACUCCUGUUUCCCCCACCCCCCCUCCCCCUCUCACAACUAUUCCUUUACUUCACCCGAUCCAACCUCUCGAUCCUUCUUGCCAUCAUUUGCUUCUUAUUGGUUGGAAAUUUUCCUCGAAUCUGUCAAAUUCUUUACAUUUUGACAUUGUUCCCACCUUUUUUUGUUUCUGUCCCUCUACUCUUUUUGGACCAUCAACCGUCACGGCCUUCUGUUCUCCAUCCUACUCCUCCCCCUCGCCCCCUGUCCGCCUGCAGGACGAUAAGGAGAUCGACCUGGAGCACCUCCACCGCCGGGUUAACAGCCUGUGCACAGAGGACGAAAGCCCCCACAAGCAAUUCUCCACCUCUUCCGUCGAUCUGACUCCCCUCGACAUGGACGCGCUGCCCGCGGCCCGC